AUGCAUCUCUCCAUCCUGACUACUUUGUGUGCAUUUAUUCUAGUGGCGUCGGCACAGGACUCUCCUUUGACGACUCCCACUCUCCUACCGUUCUACAUUCCAUUUCCCCUCGCUUCUUCUGGCGAUUACAUUACAUCCUACACCAACGACAAAUUCUGGAAACAUGAAUACCGCAACUACCACGUUUCAGUCAUUUCCGCUCGUGGCGACUACGUGUACUAUGUCAUCGAUUGUCGACCUAAUUUAGACCAUCCGUCUUGCACGGAACCUUGGGCUUGUCCACAGUCAGUGGUCUGUGCCGAAGAAAUUGUUGAAGCGGGUAGAAUGACUGCCACGCAAAAAGGAUUAGGGAGGCUUGAUUUCUCGUUCCGCUGGGACGAAUGCAGCAAGACCACCGUCGGACAGUCGAGUCAGACUUGUGCGCGAUACGAGUAUCGAUGCAGCAGCAGUACCGCCGUUGAUCAGACUACGCGGCCUUGCGCUAAGUAUGAGAACAUGAGGUGGACCUGGGACGAGGUUCAGGAUGGGACUAGUUAUCUGGAGAUGUCGAGCUUAGGGCAUUUGAGCAGUGCGGCCAAGAUGCUUGUCACAAUUGGUUACGGAGGGGCCGACAAAGUGCCAGCCAUAAGUAGGCAUUCUCUCUGGGUGACUCGAUGCUUAGACGUCAUAUUGGCCAAUCGCUAA